AUGGGUGGUGGAGCAGGAUACGCUGUUAGUAGGGAGGCCCUACGUCGGUUGGUAGAGCAGGGCUACAGGGUACCUGGCAGGUGUCGUCACGCAGGCGGAAGUGAGGACAUCGAGACAGGGCGAUGUAUGUACAAGGUGGCAGUGUCCACCCAUUCAUCACUAGACAAGUACAGCAGAUCAACCUUUCACGCUGCAGCUCCGGAAACUUUCCAAGUUGGUCAGGCCAACUUUGUUGCCGGUUUCUCCGCCCACAAAUACCACUCUCGGGUCCAGAGUGCUGCCUCACAGCUGACUAUAAGCUUCCACAUACAUACAUAUUAUUAUGUGAAACCAGAGCUGAUGAGGACAUUGGACAUGUUCCUCUACCAGAUCACUGUGUUUGGUCGGACGGUCAAAUACAAGGAACUCAGAGAUCUGUUCCGAGAAGAGACGUUUCAAAUCCCCAGAAACGUCGACGUCGGCCUUACCCAGGGAGAGAAUAGAGGAAUACUACAAGAAUGCCACGGAAUGGAGACUGAAGAACACUACCAUCUAUGUUCCAGACAAUAA